GGGAGUUUGAUCUUAAUAAGAUGAUAUAAAAAAUACAUUAUUUUAAUUCUAUAAUUGAAAUUAUUAAACUUAAAUCUAAGGUAUAGGAGCUUGAUCGAACAUGCAGUAUUACCGACCGAAGGGAGAGUAAUCCUAAUUAAUUUGGUGAGAUGAGAAAAGUGAAGGACAAUAAUUUGAAGCUGGACCAUGGUACUGCAGACUACGGCAGAGUACCAACAUGACCUUGUCGGUUGUUCUUCAAGACAAAUUCACCGCUCAUUCUCACUGCAAUUAAUACAACCAUCAUCCCUAUUUCUUUAUACUUCAUUUUCAUUUCAUCCAUCUUGAUGGCUGUUAGGAAACAACAACAACCCCUUCUACUCUAGGCCCUCUUCUAUCUCUCUUCUCUCAUAAUAUAAACCAAAUUAACAAUAACAACAUUACACCUCUCUUUUCUUAUAUUAUUUCUCUCUCUACACCCCCACCUUCUCCUUUGUGUCUCCCAAGGCCAAUCUACCUGCGGAGGUGAGUCUUAUUUAUUUCUUUUCACUUUCCACCAAUUUUCAUCUUCUUCUCUAAUUUCAACCCUUUUUCCCCAAAUUAUUUUUCCAAAUAAAAAAACAAUUAAACCAAUAUUCUCAGUACUACAAGUAGUAGUAGUAGUGGUCCUGUAUAAACAGUUAAAGCACUUAAUUCCUUAGACCUCUGAGAAUAUUAUGAUUUGAUUAGUGAAAUUCGGUUGGUGGGGGAUUAUUAGAAUAAAUAACCACAUAAAGUGCUAUUGCUAGUAAUCAUAUAUAUUCUUGAUUGAGUUUAGGUCUUUUUUUGUUCUUCUCGAUUACAUAGCACGGUGAUUAAGAAUUAGGGUUUAACAUCUACAAUUAAACCACUUGUUUAAGGCAUAGAUUAUUCUAAAUUAGAUCUCACACACACAAUGGAAAUGAAAGCCGAAAACAAAGAAACAAAAACGGGAACAACAAGUUUAGGUUACAAUAAUCUUCCUAAUAGCAAUAGAAAUUCUUCUUCUUCAUCUUCUCCUCCUCAAAAUUCACACCAUAACUAUAAUCUUUAUCCACCACCACAUCUUGCAUCUUCUCAAAGACCUAUCAUCACAGAUCCAGAUCCAACGGUUACAACAACCGCAACAAACACUUCCACUACUCCAAUAACACCACAACCACAACAAACAAUAACAACGACAACAACAAAAAUCUGUUACCGAGAAUGUCUGAAAAACCACGCAGCAAGCAUGGGAAGCCACGUGGUAGAUGGAUGUGGCGAAUUCAUGCCAAGCGGUGAAGAAGGAACACCAGAAUCAUUCAAAUGUGCUGCUUGUGAUUGUCACCGAAAUUUCCACAGAAAACAUGUUCAACAACAACAUGUUCCUAAUCCUAAUUAUCACCUUAAUUUUCCAACACCUUCUUCUUCUAAUAGAUUUUCGCACGUGCUUACCACGCCGACUAAUUCCUCCGGACAAGUUCAACCGUUGAUGAUGACAUUUGGAGGCGCAGCUGAAUCAUCAAGCGAGGAUCUCAAUAUGUUUCAGUGUAACGCGGGUGCACAAUUCUCCCUACAGGCGCAGCCGGUUUCCAAGAAGAGGAUGAGGACGAAAUUCUCACAGGAGCAGAAGGAUAAGAUGAUGGAGUUUGCUGAAAAGGUUGGGUGGAAGAUUCAGAAAACUGAUGAACAAGAAGUGCAACAGUUUUGUUCUCAAGUUGGUAUCAAGAGACAGGUUUUUAAGGUUUGGAUGCACAAUAACAAACAAGCUAUGAAGAAAAACCAAAUGUAAGAUUUUUUUAGAAUAAUUUUUUAUUUUCAUUUUUUUAAAUCAAGAAAAGAAAAUAGGACAUUUUAAAUGAAUAAUUAGAUAUGCAAGAUAUGAUACAAAAAUCUAUAUUGCAUACAAAUGUAGCUAUAUUCGGUCUAAAUUUAGGCCUUGAUACUGUUGCGGAGAAUUCUAAAUCUGUAAUAUUACAAAUGCAAUUACAGUUGCAUACUACAAUUUAAAACCAUGAUUGAUAUUUGGACA